GCCCCGCGCCGCGAGGCCAGAGCUCCCCCGCCGCCCGCGGCGGCAGUGGCGCGGCGAGCGUUGCGAAGAGGAGCUGAACAUCAAGAGGAGGAGGAGGAAAACGAGGAGGACGCCGGAGGAGCGAGAAGGAGCAGGCCAGCGACGGGCGCGGCCUCCUCGCCCACGGGGGCGCGCCGGGCGGGUCGGCCGCCGUGGGGACCGCCGCGGGCACGCUGA